AUGAGUGAGAGGGGGAUAGAUGAAAAAAACUAGAGAGAGAGAAAGAGAAAGCUGUGGAUGAACAGACACUGCAUAUGGAGCAAAGGGGAGGGAAAGUAACAGAUGGACUUGUGAGGAUUAGAGAAAUCUGGGUGCGUUUCUGAUGGAAACUCACCCAAGACGGAGAAGGGAAGUGAUGAGCACAGAGGAAAAGGUGAAGGAAAACCGAAUUCCUGUUCGAGGAGAGGCGAAGGAAACACAGAGAGUCUCAAACACGGUGGUCGUGCAGACAAAGAAAGCAUAAGAGUCGGUUGGCAUUAACCUCAUCCACCUAACCCUGCAAGAUUACCAGGAGAUUACCAGGCUCAGAGGUAGGCCUGAGAUACCGGACUAAUCACUCCCCUUGGGAGCUCAAUCCCUCCUGGAAAGGUGAACGAGCAGGUUGAAGAACAGGAUGUGCCCUGAGAGCGCCGCUGAUUAGUCUCAAAAUCCGCAGGACAAGAUUACAACGUUUAUCUUCACCUGUGGGGUUGCAAAAGCCAUAAACAACAUCUGAGACGUGAUGGCGGUGGAAACAUGGGGUAGGGUCGCAGCUCGGUGAGAAGAAAUGUGCGGAGUCAAACGUGUCGCCUGGCUCGUGCCGUAACAUCGAGAAGAAAGGAAUUUAAAUCUGAUGAACUACUUUGCCGAACGUGGAAGAGGAGGAGAGCUGGAGUUCCUCCUGCGACCUCUUGCCUCCACAUCUGUCUCUGUCUUGCUCGCUGGAGGGGAUUAAAUCCCAGCACUUCAUCUUUCUCCACUCCACUGUCCCCUGACCUCCGCUCAUCGACUGUUCUUCUGCUUUGAGCCCCCACCCUCCCUCCAUCUCUCUUCACCUCUGACCUUUGUUCCACUUUAAUCCCCUCUCGUUUUUUUUCUCUCCUUUUCAUCCUCCAUGAAUCAAUCUCAGUCGUCACAACAACCCGUCACGCUUCAGCACUGUGGUGUCACGGAAACCCCCCUCGCUCCUAUCAUCCUCAUCCUCAUUCUGAUUGGUCAAUAGAACCUGCCAGGCUCUUGCAGCCAUUUUUGAACCAGCAUCAACCCCCCCUCAAAGUGAAGCCGAAGCACACUCUCUGGUCCCCGACUCAUUUCUCUCUGAGUUCCUUUGAGUCCAGAAGCAACAAUGCUGGAGAACAUGUCCAGACGUAACCGCUCCCUGCUGUCACUUACCCUCACCUCAUUGGCCCUCACCCUGUCCGUCUCGGCUUUCUGCACCUCCUAUUGGUGCGAGGGAACACACAAGGUGGUGAAGCCUGCCUGCCUGUCACCUGUCAAGUUGAAGAACUGCGGGCAGAACAACAGCCAGCCGUACAUCACAGGGACCCCCACCCCAGACCCGGGGCAACUGCCCUCCAACGUGACACUCUCUCCGCUGCAGAAGGAGGAGCUGGCCAGGACACAGAGAAGGCAGCUGGCCAACGCCGUCAACUACAUCUGGGAGACGGGCGAGGAUAAGUACAUGCUGCGCUACUUCCACACCGGCUUCUGGCUCUCCUGUGAGAAGCACAAUGAAGGUGAGGAUCAGGUAGAAAAGUGCCGCAGCUUCAUUGAGCUGACCCCAGGAGAAACACAAGGUGUCCUCUGGCUUUCAGUCAUCAGUGAGUUUAUGUACAUCAGUCUUCUGGCCAUGGGCUUCCUGCUGAUGUGUAUGGAAGCGAUUUGCCUCUGUGCCAAGAGGGAGAUGAACGCCCUCAAGAUCAACGCCUACGCCGCCAUGUGCACUGUCCUCUCAGGUUUGAUGGGGAUGGUAGCACACAUGAUGUACACCACAGUGUUUCAGAUGACUGUGAGCAUCGGGCCCAAAGACUGGAGGCCACAGACCUGGGACUACGGAUGGUCUUUUGCUAUGGCGUGGCUGUCGUUCAGCUGCUGCAUGGCGGCCGCCGUGGCCACGCUCAACUCCUACACCAAGACCCUCAUUGAGAUGAAGCACCGCGCCCGGCUGAGGCUGGAGGAGGUGCGUGCUGCUUCCUGCGCCCCCUCCUACGAGGAGGUCGUUCGAGCCGGCAGUGGAGGCGUUUACUCUGUCAGUCAGCUGAUUCAGCUCGGCCAGCAGGGGGCACUCAUGGACCCUCUGUGGCCCCGAGGAAUGGGACCAGCGGGUGGAAUGGGAGGGGGGCGGCUGGUGGACCCUCAUGGUAUGGUGGUGGUGGAGGGAUGUGGCGCUGAAGGAUGCGAAGACUGUGAACGGGAGAUGGACGAGAUAGAUUACGCUCUGCAGGAGGAGAGAGAGGACUCGCUCUGCUAAGACUUUAGGGAGCCGAGGACUUUGACAAUAUCUGAUCGGGAUUGGCUCGACACAUUGUAUUUGAAACUGCAUUUCGUGAUUACAAGAUUUGAACAAAUACCUCCGGAAAUAUUCAUUGUUUUUUGAAUAUGUGCAGUUUCAAAUGAUAAUUACAGCAUUUUUAGUCACACAAUGGUCAUUUCAAGCUGUGAUUUGAUUUGGGGACAGAAAAGGAUAAUCCACAUACCACACAACUUUGUGAGCAAUUUUCCCAUGCGCACAGACUCACAGCUCCAAUGGACUGUUGGUUCAUCAUGUUGUUACAGCUAACGAGUUAGCAGAGAAUCGUCUAUUUACACGUCCAGCAGACACGGAGCAACAUUAUCGUCCCAUUGCAAACCUCUGCUUUUAUGAGGAAGGUUGGCGCAUUGAGACUUGGACAUCCAUGUGCAGCAGAAGAACCAAAACUAUUGGCUAAAAGAGGCCAAAAGCUGCAUUGAGUCUUGUGUUGAUUCCAUUAACUUCAACAGGUCACUGGUAGCGACUUAUUUCGGACAAUGACUUUGCUGCUAAUGUGGACUUGUGUUCAACAUGCAGUAGCACCCGUGAACCCCUGUUAAUGUUUUGAAACUCCUUUCCUAUCAUUUUAUUUUUUAUUUAUUAUAGAAUUUUGCAGUUGGAAUGACCAGAAGACAAAACGUAUAUGAAAUGUUCAAACAAUUGCCUCUUUUUUAACAAAAAAGUAGUUUCAUGGAAAUAUUUGAAACAUUAAACAUUAAACAUUAAAAGGACCAAAAAGCAAUAAAGUGUGGUCAUGUCAAUAGAAAGCUGUGUCUGCUAUAAUUUAAUAAUCUUUUAAAAUCCCGUUACUUAAUUACAGUAAUACUUAAUAAUAUUUUUUUAAUAAUGUCUAGGAGGGGCUGUUCUAUAUGUUCAAUAAGAAAUCAGCUAACAGCUAUUUCAGGCUGGAUGUAUACAGAACACAGAGAAUAAAACAGAAAUUGGUUUUGUGACGCUAUGCAAUGACAAUUAUCUUCCAGGAAAAUGUUGCUACAAACAGAUCAGUAAAACUUCUGUUUUCUCUGCUCGUGUAAAUACAGCCUUACAGUGACUUCUUCAGGGAAUGCAUGUCGUUUUAUGACUUACGAGAUGUGUAAGAGGAUGUGACAUUAUUUAAGUGUUAAACUCAAAAGGUUUGAAAAGUAUAUGAUGUUAUUUUUUGUUUUUUAUCUGUUUGCGUGAAUGGAUGAAAAUCCCCUCCAGUGUAAUAUGAUGUAAUAAAAACAAACCACAUUGUCUAAUGAUGUCUUAUCAAUACACGGAUUCCAUGUAAUCAUGUAAUCAUCACCUUUAUGUUGAGACAAUAAUGAUAAAUCACAUUUUGUGUUGCAGAAGUGUCAAAAUAAAAUUGCAGUAGAACAUGA